AUUUUUUCCUUGUUGUCGAAAUAAUUAUGGUAACUUUUUUAUACAGUUAAUGAAUAUAUUGUAUGGUAAUUUUUACUUUAAUAUACCGUUUUCAUCUAUUCAGUGAUAAUACUACUGUCUCUAAAUAACACACAUUUGUACUUUGAACUUUAAAAAUAUUUCAUUUCAUCGUAUAUAUAAUUGUUGGUGAUAAAGAGUUUUUAAAAGCCAACCUAACGUUUCAAGCGAUUAAUUUUCAGUAAGUGAACAAAAACUGUAAACGUCAAAAUGUUGCUCAAAAAGAUAUUUAACAAUGCCACUCUAUAUCCUAAAAUAAUCAGAUCAUUUUCCAUUAAAACUGAACCUUUGGUGUCGGAAGGUGGUAAUGGUUUUAACUUUGCGUUAAAUGAUACGCAAAAAGAGAUGCAAGAAUUGGCACGCAAAUUUACCAGAGAAGAAAUUAUACCCGUGGCUGCUAAGUAUGAUAAAACUGGAGAAUAUCCAUGGGAUAUUGUUAAAAAAGCUUGGAGUUUAGGAUUGUUAAAUGGUCAUAUUCCACAUGACCUUGGUGGUUUGGAACAAAAUAUUUUUGAUGGUUGCCUAAUAGUAGAAGAAAUUUCUUAUGGUUGCUCAGGUAUAGCAACUGCGAUAGAAACUACUAGUCUUGGGCAAACCCCAGUAAUUGUAGCAGGAAAUAAGGAACAACAGAAAAAAUAUCUUGGUAGACUUAUGGAAGAACCUCUUGUGGCUGCCCUUUGUGUUACUGAACCUAGUGCUGGAUCCGAUGUAGCAGGUAUAAAAACUAGAGCUGUAAAGAAAGGGAAUGAAUGGAUACUUAAUGGUACCAAAAUGUGGAUUACCAACGGUGGUGUUGCAAAUUGGUACUAUGUAUUAGCGAGAACAAAUCCUGAUCCAAAUGCUCCACCUAGCAAAGCUUUUACAGGAUUUAUUGUUGAACGUUCUUUCGAUGGUGUAACUCCAGGUCGUAAGGAAAUAAAUAUGGGACAACGAGCUUCCGAUACAAGGAUGAUUACGUUUGAGGAUGUUCGUGUACCGGAGGAAAACGUAUUGCUAGGAGAAGGAGCUGGUUUUAAAAUUACAAUGAAAACUUUUGACAGAACACGUCCACCGGUCGCAGCUUUGGCUACUGGAGUAGCACAAAGAGCUUUAGACGAAGCUACUAAGUAUGCAUUGGAACGAAAAACUUUUAACAAACCAAUAGCUGAACAUCAAGCUGUAGCAUUUAUGAUCGCUGAUAUGGUUAUUGGAGUCGAAACGUCUCGUCUCUCUUGGAUGAAGGCAGCUUGGGCAAUGGACUUAGGUUUGCCAAACGCUUCAGUUUAUUCUAGCAUCGCCAAAUGUUAUGCCGCCGAUCUAGCUAACAAAUCUGCUACCGAUGCCGUUCAGGUGUUUGGCGGUGCUGGAUUUAAUACGGAAUAUCCAGUGGAAAAAUUAAUGAGAGACGCCAAGAUUUUCCAAAUUUAUGAAGGUACAUCACAAAUUCAAAGAUUGAUCAUAUCCAAAAACCACUUUGGUAAAGCUAUGAAAAAAUCAUAAACAAAA